AUGGGUCUCACUCUCGCCGGAAAAUCCAAAUCCACUUCCGGCGAGAAUUGGGGAAUGGGUCUUCUUCUUGUCUUCUUCUCCGACGACUCCCCUUCCGCCAUUGCCGACCAGAACAAGCUUUUUCCGUCUUCUUCUUCUUCAUCUCGUCGGAGUAAUUACAAUCUUCUCACUAAAGCUCAGUCCACCAUUUCCGUCUGUGCUCUGCUCGUUUUUCUUUCUCUUCUUCUUUUCACUCUCUCCACCUUCGACCCCGCCAUUAAAAUGAACCUCACUCCCCCCCGGCGCCUCCUCUCACAGAAACCGUCGCCGAUUGAAGUCCGUUCGUUGGAAAAUCAGUGGAUUCCGUUUCGCAAAAUGUGGAAGCCGAAACCGGCGACGGUGGUUACGUCGACAGCGGCGCUGCAACGAAUGGGGACUUUGCAUAUGCGAGGUACUCGGGCUAUGGCGGACUUGACGGUGGUCCACGUGUCGGAAGACAUCGGAGAAGAAGACCUCCGCCUCUUUCUUCGACUGUUUCAUCGCUCCGGUGUCACCGCGAAAUCCGAUUCCGUUUUCGUCUUCCCCUCGCCGGCGUUCUCGUUGAGAUUCCGUCCGAUUAUUCAAGAGGAAAACGAAUCGUUUCUGAAACUCCUUCGCCGGUACCGGAAUUUGAACGGAACGACCAGCCGGGCCGCGGCGGCGGCGGGAUUUGAUGUAACCAGGUUUAUUAAAACCAAAGAGAAGAAGGAACCGGACGAGCCGAUUUGGGGGAAGAAAAUGAAACGACUCGGCAACGAUUCGGACGAGUUGACUCGGAUGAGUUACGGGUCGGUAGUGAGUUUCGACGCGGCGGAAAUGGAUUCAGAGAAUUCACUUUCUGGCUUCUCCGAUCACAUUCCGAUGAGUCUGCGACGGUGGGCGUGUUACCCGAUGCUCCUCGGCCGAAUCCGCCGGAAUUUCAAGCACGUAAUGCUCGUGGACGCCAAAAACUCGCUUCUACUCGGCGAUCCACUCGGCCGAUUCAGAAACAAAGCAACCGAGUCAGUGAUUCUCUUCCCGAACAAGCACAGCAAAAAGAACUCGGAAAAAUCAAACUCGCACCAUCAGGUAAAUCCGGCCGUCGUGAUCGGCGGUGCACGCGGUGUCCGCCGACUAUCAAACGCGGUGGUGAUCGAAAUCGCCAGAAUUCUGAUGCAGCACAAGAAGAGUAACUCGGUGUCCGACUCAGGAGUAGUAAGUCACCUCGUUAACAGUGAGUUUUCAUUAAAGAACGUGAAGGUGAUUAUGGCUGCCGAGUCUAUCCCAGAAGCGAGUUCACUCGCCAGAGUUGAAUUCGGCUCCGUCGGAUCAUCGUCGGCACCGGAGAAGAUGAUGUUCCUGAGGGGCAAUACUGAUAAUUUGGGUGAAAUUAAUUCUGUUAUUCGGAAGAAAAUAUGUUCGUCGGAAAUUGAUUCUUCUGUCUAUACGGAUUGUUAG